UCCCCUCUCUCUCUCUCUCUCUCAGCUCAGAUUCCCGAGAAAUUCCAUGGCCAUAGUCUGAUAGCCAAUCGCCAUGCCAAGCUCUCUGCAGUUUCAUGGUUUCUGACAGAAUCUUUGCGGUGAAAACAUGUCGAACUUCGUUAUAUUCCUCGGUGUUCUUCUUCUUCUUCUUCUCCUUCAGCUGGUGAGCGAAACGGCGUCGCAUUUGGGCUCUGGUCCGCACAUUGCUGAUGUGAACAUUCUGUUGCCUCCCAGGAUGACUCAUCCUGUGGAGUAUAGGCUUCUUGGAAGUGACGGUUGCUUCAAAUGGUCGUGGGAUCAUCAUGAUGUGCUGUCUGUAAUACCGGAAUAUAAUACGACCAGUCACUGUUCGACGAGUGCGAGGUUGAGAUCAAUUGCUCCUUAUAGUGGUCGAAAGGAGACUGCAGUUUAUGCAGCUGAUUUACGGACUGGGACUGUUAUACGCUGCAAAGUUUUCAUUGAUAAGUUUUCCAGAAUUCAGAUUUUUCAUAACUCCAUUAAACUUGAUCUAGAUGGGCUUGCCACUCUUCGCGUCCGAGCUUUCGACAGUGAAGAUAAUGUUUUUUCAUCACUAGUGGGCUUACAGUUCAUGUGGCAUCGGUCGCCUCAAAACAACGAAUUUCCCCAUCACCUAGUUCAUGUUCCUUUGAAGGAUUCCCCUCUAAGUGACUGCAGCGGUUUUUGCGGAGACCUUGAUAUUCAAAUAAAACUUGAAGAUAGUGGAAGAUUUUCAGAUUUAUAUGUUGUAAAAGGAAUUGAAAUCGGGCGUGAAAUUGUUUCUGUUAAUUUGUUUGAGCCAGGAUUUGAGCCCAUGGCAGACAAGAUUGUUUUAACCGUGGCAGAAGCCAUGUCAAUUGAACCUCCCUCACCUGUUCUUGUCCUAAUCGGUGCUGUUGUUCGCUAUAGUCUAAAAGUUAUCCGCGGAAAUAAUCCUCAAGUGGUAACUUUACCAUCUCCUCAUCAUCGCUGGUCAGUUUCAAACUCUUCUGUAGCAAAGGUGGACUCUAUGAUGGGUAUAACAAAUGCACUACGCUUAGGGGUAACCAAUGUCAUUGUUGAAGAUACAAGGGUUGCUGGCCAUACACAAGUGUCAUCACUUAAAGUGGUCUUACCGGAUCUUUUAUCUUUAUACGUAGCACCUUUAUCUAUUUCUGGCCAUCUGGAGGAAGGGAUUGAAGGAAUUCCAUCGAUGCCAAGGUGGUAUGUUGUUUCUGGGCGCCAAUAUCUCAUUCAAAUAAAGGUUUUCUCACAAGGACUGGAUGCACAAGAAAUUUAUAUAACAGAGAGCGAUGAUAUCAAGUUGUAUGAUGAUCAAGCAGACAAUUGGAAACUUUUUCCAGUAUCAGAUGAUAUUGCAAUCAGAGAUGGCUGGCGGAACUCCAGAGUCUUGAAGGCAACUUCACAAGGACUUGGAAAAUUGACAGCAACUUUGAGAUACUUUAGUCAGCAUAAUAAAAUGAAAGAGGUUCUCAAGGUGGUGCAAGAAGUCAUGGUCUGUGAUCAAGUGAAGUUUGAUUUGAACAAAAGAAGUGGCGCACCUCAAAGCCUUCUCCUUCCCUGGGCCCCUGGUGUUUAUCAGGAGGUGGAGCUAAGUGCUUCAGGAGGUUGUGCUAAAGCAUCAAAUGAUUACAAAUGGUUUUCAUCAGACAUGAGUAUCAUAUCUGUAUCUGCUUCUGGAGUUGUUCAGGCUAAGAAGCCUGGCAAAGCUACUAUUAGAGUGCUGUCUGUUUUUGAUUCAUUCAAUUACGAUGAGGUGGUUAUCGAAGUUUCUAUCCCAUCAUCCAUGGUCAUGCUUCGCAACUUCCCUGUUGAGACUGUUGUAGGGUCUUAUCUCAAAGCUGCUGUGACAAUGAAAGGACGAAAUGGAGCCUUAUUUUAUAGAUGUGAUGCAUUUCAUUCUUUCAUAAAAUGGAAAGCGGGAAGUGAUGCUUUUGCCGUUGUCAACACAACAAAAGAGACACCUGUUGUAGAUGUGUUGAGCAAUGCUGAACUGUUGACAGGCCCUCAUGGUCCUCCAUGUUCAUGGACUAGUGUAUAUGCAUCUCAUGCUGCUCGCGAUAUGCUGCAUGCCACUUUCUCUAAAGAAUAUGACCACCUUGAUAGCUCUUUUCAUGGACCCAUUGUUUUAAAAGCAUCUUCGCGUAUUGCAGCUUAUCCACCACUUGUUAUUCGUCAGGCAGGUGAUGGAAACCAAUUCGGUGGUUAUUGGUUUGAUUUGGAUAGAGCAGAAGCUGACAAUAAAGUGCAAAAUUUGGACAAGUUAUACCUUGUCCCUGGAACAUACCUCUAUCUCAUGCUUCUUGGCGGUCCUGAACAGUGGGAUAGAGGUGUUGACUUGAUUGAAAAUGUGGACAUUUUUGGUGAAAAAUAUGCUCAAGCAGAAGUUGGAGUUCAUGUGCAUCAGUUAUCUGGUGGCUAUAGGAGUGUGUACAGAGUUUCAUGCCAAAGUCCAGGAAACUUUAAAGUUGUUUUUGAUCGUGGUAAUUUGGUAGCUGAUGACCAUCCUCAGCCUGUAAUAGCAAAAGUUUCUAUGUCGCUUAUAUGUAGCAUUCCGGACUCUAUUGCAGUAAUCGCUGAUGAACCUGUAAAUGAACUUGAAGCAAUACGGACUGCAAUUCAAGCUGAUCGGAGUUUGGGAAGACUUCGUGUCACCCCAAUUACUGUGGCAAACGGACGCACAAUUCGAUUAGCUGCAGUUAGCAUUAGCAACACUGGGGAAGCUUUUGCAAACUCAUCUUCUCUCUACUUGAACUGGGAAUUAAGCAGUUGUGAUGGCCUAGCUUAUUGGGAUGACACUGGGGCUAAGUACAGUUGGGAGAGAUUUUUGAGAUUGCAAAAUGAAUCUGGGCUGUGUAUUGUUCGUGCUACUGUUAUCGGCUUUGGUGACCAUAGUGCUAUUCAACUGCACGAGAGUGUAGAGAAUGUUCUUACGGAUGCAGUACGCUUACAGCUUGUCUCUACUCUAAGGAUCAGCCCUGAGUUCAAUUUGUUAUAUUUCAACCCCAAUGCUAAGCUUAAUUUAUCAAUUACUGGUGGGAGCUGUUUCUUGGAAACUUUUGUGAAUGAUUCUCAAGUAAUAGAAGUUGUUCAACCGCCAACAGGUUUACAAUGUUUACAACUGAUACUGUCUGCAAAAGGGCUGGGAACAGCAGCUGUGACAGUGUAUGAUAUUGGGCUUGCUCCUCCACUUAAAGCUUCUGCCGUGGUACAAGUUGUAGAUGUAGACUGGAUUAAGAUUAUAUCACCAGAAGAAAUAAGCCUUAUGGUAGGAAGUUCACGGACUAUUGAUCUAAUGGCUGGCAUAAAUGAUGGGAGUACUUUUGAUUCUUCCCAGUUUGCCUACAUGAAUAUUAAAGUACAUAUCGAGGAUCAAAGUGUUGAAUUUGUCGAUAGUGAUGACAUCUCAAGUCUUGGUGGGGGAUAUGUUAAGACACCACAGUUUAAGAUUACAGCCAGGCAUCUCGGGGUCACUACUCUUUAUGUCAGUGCAGUACAGAGAUCUGGGCAUGAAAUCUUAAGUGAGCAAAUAAAGAUUGAAGUAUAUGCGCCACCUAGAAUUCACCCACAAGCUAUUUUCCUUGUGCCAGGUGCAUCUUUUAUGCUUACUGUGGAAGGAGGGCCAACAAUUAGCGUAUAUGUUGAGUAUGCUAGUAAGGACGACAGUAUUGCAACAAUUCACAAAUCCUCCGGACGCCUCUCUGCAAUUUCACAUGGGAACACAACUAUUCUUGCCUCAGUAUUCGGGAAUGGAGACAUUCUCAUUUGUCAAGCAUAUGGUAGCGUCAAAGUAGGAGUUCCUUCCUCACUGUUGUUGAAUGUACAAAGUGAGCAACUUGCUGUUGGCCGUGAGAUGCCUAUUUAUCCUUUGUUUCCCGAGGGAGAUUUGUUUUCCUUUUAUGAGCUCUGCCCAAAUUACCACUGGACUAUAGAAGAUGAAAAGGUUCUGAGUUUCUAUCCAUCAGGGCGCUUAAAUGUAGAAAAGCAAUUGACCACUUCAGAAGAAGUUCAAUUCACUGGUUAUUUGAGUGAGAAAGAGCUUGGUUUUAUCAAUAUCUUGUAUGGAAGAUCUGCAGGGAAGACAAAAGUCACGAUCUCCUUCUCAUGUGAAUUCAAAUCAUCUGGUUUUGCCAAGCAAACAAAGUUCUAUAAUGCAUCAAUAUCAUUAUUUGUGGUGCCUGAUCUCCCUCUUGCUCUUGGGGUUCCAAUAACAUGGGUGCUUCCUCCCCAUUAUACUACAAAAAGCCUUUUGCCUUCAUCAUCAGAAUCAUAUAGCCAAUGGGACGGUCAGAGUCGAAAAGGAACUAUAACAUAUUCUUUGUUGAGAAGUUGCUAUGAAAAGAACGAGAUAGUGCAAAAGGAUUCUAUUUCCGUUCAGGGGGAUAGAAUAAGAACAACAGAAAGUAACAGUAUUGCUUGCAUUCAGGGAAAAGAUCGUACCACAGGUAGAACAGAGAUUGCUGCCUGUAUCAAAGUUAUUGAGGUGGCUCAAAUAAGAACUAGAAACGAGGAGCUUCCCUUUCAUGUAAUUAGUCUUGCUGUUGGUGCCGAUCUUUUUCUUCCAAUUACCUACCGGGACGCUCUAGGAAACCCUUUCUAUGAGGCACAUGAUGCUGUUUCCGUUGACGUUUUAGUUAACUACCCUGAUGUUGUGUCCAUAAACAGCAAACAUGAUGGCAAUGGAAAUAUCCAUCUCAAGGCAAUACGACAUGGUAGAGCACUUUUGCGAGUAUCAAUUGAUAGCAUUCCGCAGAAAUCUGAUUACAUGCUGAUUUCGGUUGGUGCAUACAUACAUCCUCAAAAUCCAGUUCUUCCCAAAGGAAGUCAUGUCAACUUCAGUAUAGAAGGUCUAAAUGAUCAUGUUUCUGGUCAUUGGGUUACUGCUGAUUCAAGUGUAAUAUCGGUCGACAUACCGUCAGGAAUAGCUGAGGCAGUUGGGGACGGUACAACCCAAGUAUAUUAUGAAGCACCAAGUUUGAAGCUGGCUACAACAGUUACAGUGUUAACAAAGGAUAUUGUUUCUGUGGAUGCUCCUAAAGAGAUGCUAACAAACGUUCCUUUCCCUACACAAGGAUAUAGCUUCCUAGUAAAGUUCAGUAAGACUCACGGCAACAACGUUAAAGCUCUUGGAAAGAGUAAGACUGAUGGAAUUGCAUAUGACUGCAGAGUAGACCCUCCUUUUGUUGGGUACGCAAAGCCAUGGUCAGAUAUUGACACCGGUAAUUCAUAUUGCCUCUUCUUCCCCUACUCACCAGAGCAUAUGGUUCAUUUGAUGCCCAAGACCAAGGACCUGAAACCGCAUAUAUCUAUUUACAUUCAUGCCUCAUUGAGAGAAGCCAAGCAUCUUUCUGGAUCUGCAUCUGCUCUAUUCGUUGGAGGGUUUUCCAUGUUGGAGAUGGGGAAGUUAAACCUGACCGCAGACUCCAACAAGACUGUCAUAACCAUCAUGGGAAAUACAGAUGUUGAAUUCUAUUGGCAUGAGCGUGAUUUGUUGAUCAUUAAUCCCAUUCACAAAGAAGAUUUCGGUAUUGGUGGCCGAGCUCAGUAUGAGGUCAAGGUGCUAGGAAAUGAGAAAUUUAAGGAUAAAAUCACCAUCAGACUUCCGGCCAACGGUCAGCAAUUGGAAAUCGAUGUUAAUUACGAACCUGAAAGAAAAGGAGCAUCAAACGGCCCCAAAAACAUUACCCUCUGGGCAAGUGUACUCGGAUGUGUUGCCCUACUGCUUAUAACAGUGGCCAUGUUCAUCUAUUUCUUGGAUAGGCCCGACCGAUCUCAGCCAUCCAUUGCCCCUUCUACUCCGAGGUUUGCAGCACCAGAUCGUAGCAGUCCCGCUGUCUUGAGCGAUCAGUCUCCUCGGACGCCACAGCCUUUCAUGGAAUAUGUUAGGAGGACGAUAGACGAGACUCCAUACUACAGGCGUGACAGGCGGAGGGGGAAAAUCUUUAUAGGGGGUUUAGCGAGAGAGACGACUUCGGCGCAAUUCAUUAAGCAUUUUGGGAAAUACGGUGAGAUUAUAGAUUCGGUGAUAAUGAAGGACCGGAAAACAGGACAACCCCGUGGAUUUGGGUUUGUGACCUACGCCGACCCCUCUGUGGUUGAUAAAGUUAUUCAGGACAAUCAUAUUAUCAACGGCAAACAAGUGGAAAUCAAGCGGACAAUACCAAGGGGAGCUGGUGGGUCUAAGGAUUUCAAGACUAAGAAGAUUUUUGUGGGUGGAAUUCCUACAACAGUAAAUGAAGAUGAGUUUAGAGACUUCUUUUCUCAGUUUGGAGAAGUGAAGGAACAUCAGAUUAUGCGGGACCAUGCAACUAGUCGUUCGCGUGGCUUUGGAUUUAUUACCUUCGAAACGGAGCAAGCAGUUGAUGAUCUCUUGGUCAAAGGGAACAAACUGGAGAUGGCUGGAUCCCAGGUGGAGAUCAAGAAGGCUGAACCAAAGAAGCCCAACCCACCUCCAGCCCCAUCAAAGCGUUACAAUGAUUCUAGGUCUGCAUUUGGUGGCGGGUAUGGAGACAGUUAUGGAGGAUUUGGUGGCAGCAAUUUUGGUGGCGGCAGUGGCGGUGGCAGUUACAGGUCAGCUGGGGCAUACGGUGCUAGAGGUGGUGCAUACAGUGGAUACGGCAGCUAUGGUGGGUAUGGUGGAAGUGAAUUUGGUGGCUACAUGGCAUAUGGUGGUGGAGGUGGCGGCGGUGGUGCUGGUGGCUUUGGCUCUUAUAGAGGGGAGCCAUCUGUAGGAUACUCGGGACGUUAUGGAGGAGCUUUCAGCAGAGGCUAUGAUCUAGGAGGUGGUUAUGGUGGACCUGGUGAGAGUUAUGGGGCAUACAGUAGUGGCAGUGGUGCAGCUGGUGGCGCUGGUGGUUAUGGAAGCAGCUAUGAUGCAGGCCUUGGGGGCGGCUAUGGAGGCGGUAGUGCGGGUUCCUUCUACGGAAGUAGAGGUGGGUAUGGUGGUGCGGGAAAUGGUCGGUACCAUCCCUACGGAAGAUAGAAUGUUGUACUCUAGGCCUUGAAAGAAAAUGUAGCGGCAAUAUGAUAUCUCAAUUUGGAGCAUUUCAGCUUUCAUUGCAUGUGUUUUCAGGUUCUUGUCAGGAACGCAUUUGAUGUUAUUUAAGAUUACUAAACCCAGGAGUUUUUUUAUAUUCGCCUGACCAUUAAUUCACAUCAACGUGCUCUAGGAUUGUGCACAUGGUCGUAUCGCAAUCUUUGCUUCUUAA